AUGCGGUUAAUAGUCCAUAAUAUGCUUCAAUGUCACGUUAAAGGUUGUGAUUCCAAUAACUUUCCUUUACAACUUUCGGAUGUCGAGCUUGAGAUUCAUGAAAUUGAGUAUAAUCAUGAAUUUCUACAAAGCCUGUUGACAAAAUUAGAUUGGAAAGCUUUUGUAGCUACUGCUGAACAAAUCGGAAUAACCUCACUCCCACAAACUUUUCCAGAGGAAAUUGAUGAAGAUUUUUUAAAAAAACUUCAUAGGAUAUUAUUUGAAACGCAUAUUGUGGAAGGAAAAAUGAUUUGUUCAAAUUGUUCUCAUGAAUAUCCUAUUAGAGAUGGUAUACCUAAUAUGCUUCUUAACGAAGAAGAACUCGAAUAG